CCCGCCCCCUUUUUUGGCCGUACUCGACUCGUCCACAUAUUGUCGCUGAGAAGCCUGUCACUUAGGGCCACUGCAACCCCUUUAGGUGCCCUAAGUCGGAUGGUGCCCUCCAUUCCACCCUGCUAUUACCCAACGCCGUCACAAAAAAGAGGAACAAGUGGGUCGUCCACGCUGGCUGCCCCGCCCCCCUCAGCUUCCCGGCCCCCCCUCAUGGAGAGGAUGAGGAAAAUCAAACGGCAGUUGUCCCUCACCCUGGGGAGGGGAGGGGCUGGGGGAGGAGACCGGACACUGAGCGAACACCAAGAAAUUACGUCGCACAGUGACUCGGAGGCCGGCACCCUUCGUCCUUCAUCGGGUGGAGUGAAAGUCAGAGGGUCGUCUUCAUCAGUUCAGUCUCUUUUUCAGUCAUAUAGCCGCCGACCUAGAGGACUGGGACGCAGUCUGAGCUCGUACUUGAACCACAGCAGCAGACUGGAGAUAGUCCAUGAGGAUGUUAAGAUGAGCUCUGAUGGAGAAAAUGAGCCAACGUCCUCGUCAGAUGAUGUCCAGAGUCCAGUCCGAGUUCGAAUGAGGACAAAGAAGAUAUCUACUGAGGACAUCAACAAACGUUUGUCAUUGCCGGCAGACAUUCGUCUUCCAGACGGCUACCUGGAAAAGUGCAAUGUGAUUGGUCCAGCGCUGUUCGAACAACCAAUUAGCAGGCGGCUGCGUAGAGUCUCUCUGUCAGAGAUUGGCUUCGGCAAAUUGGAGACUUACAUCAAACUAGACAAACUGGGAGAGGGCACCUAUGCCACCGUAUACAAGGGCCGCAGUAAGCUGACAGACAACUUGGUAGCUUUGAAGGAAAUUCGGCUCGAGCACGAAGAAGGAGCCCCGUGUACAGCCAUCAGAGAAGUAUCUCUGCUGAAGGACCUGAAACAUGCCAACAUCGUAACACUUCACGACAUCAUCCACACACAGAAGUCCCUCACACUGGUUUUUGAGUACUUGGACAAAGAUUUGAAACAAUACCUGGACGACUGUGGCAAUAUCAUCCACGUGCACAACGUCCAACUUUUCCUCUUCCAGUUACUGCGAGGGUUGGCCUACUGUCAUCGUAGGAAAGUUCUCCAUCGAGACCUCAAGCCCCAAAACCUGCUCAUUAAUGAACGGGGAGAACUCAAACUGGCCGACUUUGGUCUGGCCCGAGCCAAGUCAAUUCCAACCAAGACAUACUCUAACGAAGUGGUAACACUGUGGUACCGCCCACCGGACAUCCUGUUGGGCAGCACCGACUACUCCACACACAUUGACAUGUGGGGCGUAGGGUGUAUCUUGUACGAAAUGACAACAGGUCGGCCAUUGUUUCCUGGUUCCACCGUGGAGGAGGAGCUUCACUUCAUUUUCAAGUUGUUGGGAACACCGACUGAGGAGAGCUGGCCAGGAAUCGGUUCCAACGAGGAAUUUGUGGCAGCAAAUUAUCCUCAAUACCCACCGGAAAACCUUGGCGACCACACACCUCGGCUCAGUAGUGAUGGCGUCCAGCUGUUGUCAAAAUUCCUGCAGUUUGAAGGAAAGAAAAGGACUUCAGCAGCAGAGGCCAUGACUCAUUGUUACUUUAGUAACCUUGGAAACAGAGUGUGCACACUUCCUGACACGACGUCCAUCUUUACUCUUCCAGAGAUUCAGCUUGAACGAGAAACCGUGAGAUCAACAGAUCAAGUAAACAGUUUGAGCAGGAGGCGGAGUCUCCUCUUCUGAUGUGGUCAAUGAUACAAAUGUUUGCAUGCAGACGCCACAGUGAAUGAACAACCAAUCGGGAGGCAGGACGUUGCUUCCAUGGCAACAGGUCUUCCAUUUUUAUGAACACCACAUCUGUUCCGAGGUCAGUCUAACGCUCCGGUCGCCUCAUCUGAUGACAUCACACGGCGUCAGCGUGAACGGCCUACGGCUGGAGCACGAAUGUUUGCACAGCGAAGAGUGACAGGAAGUGACGUGUUCUCCAGGAAGCCAUGUUUGUGCGCGCAACUGUAGAGGGACGUUUGCGUUUAUUACUGUAAAUAAUCACACGACACACUUGUCUGUCCUGUUCAUUAGGGACGCCUCAAAAAGGCCUCUCGAGAUGUUUGUUUGUUUUUGUUGUCAUGGCAACUCAAACCUCGUUCACAUUGCAAGUCCACCUGUUUUGAGUGGAUGUAUGGCUCAUGAUCUAUACAUAUCCACUUGAAAUUAAAGGGCUGGCACGGAAUGAUCAUUUUUCAGUGGCAUUGACAGCGAUGGACGCCCAACUAAUUCUGACUGGGAGGCUUGGCAGCGAUCAUUGGCUGCUGGCCCGUUCCCAUUCAAAAUGGAUCGCGAAUCUAUCGCCAUCACUGACGGCCAAGGAGUUAAUAAUGGUGGAAAACAAUUGUAUAUCCAUUGAAGAAAAUCAUAUAAAUUGAAGGAAACACAUUCUAAGAGGCUAUUAGGAGUUAAAUAAAACCUACUUUAAUUGCAUCUUUAUUCGUACAUUUUUACCUGCUUCCCAGUUUUUCUAAGACAGGCCCAUUGAUACAUUCUUGGAAAUGGGCAGCUAACAAAAAAUUUUGAUACAAGACAUGAAAACGUCACUUGCUAGAUAAGGCAUCCUCUGUAAUUGAUAAGAUUAGAGGUCGCCUGAUUUUCAAAGGUCAAUAGCCUACCGAUUAAAAGAAGAAAAAAAAUCGGCCAAUUGCCAAUGUCGAAAGCAGAUUUUGUAAGCCAAUAAUUGGGGCCGAUCUACUUUUUUUAAGGCACAUUGACCAUGAAAGGCAAUUGAAACACUCAUCAUAUAAAUGUAUAUAUUCGAGGUACAAAUUCUUAUGCUACUUCUUAAACAAAGAUCAUCACCCCAAAGGGUGAACAUAUCAGUUAUAACAGAAAUCUUGAAAAAUGUCCAUAUAUUGCUCUGAUAUACCGGACGGACAAAAUAUAGGUCGACCUUCAUAAGAAAGAUCAUCACCCAAACAGUCAUCCUUUUAUAUCGCCGUUGGCCAAUUAAAAAAAGAAAGAGAAAAAAAAGUCUUCAUAUUGGCUGGUCGAUAUAUCGGUCGACCUUUAGGGAAGAUCCCACGUGGCUGCGCUGUGAACAGGUUUUCAUUUAUUAAAGCUGGUCAGUAAAGCUUCUUGAUCAGGGCUGGGCAAACUUAGGUGCUCAAGCUCCACCUGUGAAAAUAUAUGGAAACAUUUUAAUUUGAAAUUGAAACAAUGCAUUCUCAUUUUUUUUCUCCGUUUUAUCAUUCACAAUUUAUUUGACUAUUAAAGAAUUAAGCAAUGGUUAAAUCUAUUUAAAACAAGUGUUAAGUGUAUGUACUUAAGAAUGAACGCGCUUCAUUAUCAGCAAUAAAUACAGUGUGUAAUAAGUUUUAAUUAAAUAAUGAAUAGAUUUUAAUAACAUUUAAAGAAGUAAAACAUGCAGUAUUUAAAGUCUUGAUUAAUAUAAGCUCUUGAUAUGUGGGAUUGAAGAACUAAUGGUACUGUGUAUACUUUGCCCAUCCCUGUUCCAGAUGGUUGACAGAGCAUCCCUAAUAAACCGUCCCAAAGGCAUUUGACGCGACUGUGUGACAUUACACGUCUCCGAUUGGUUGCGUCGACAAGACAGCUCUGUCUCUGUCCCUCAAACGGUCCAAUCAGCUCGCAGAAUGUCCGACACCAACACUAGAUUGCUGUGUUUGUAUUUUUAUGAUUAUUUAUAUGGACUUGUAGCUUCAGGAAAUGGGCUGUGUUUUAUUCGGUGCUGAUCAGAAGGAUUACUAUUUGGUGAAAAAGAAGAUUCAACUACACGAUAAAUGUGAGUGCUAGCAAUGCUACAUAGGCUGAGCCAACUUGAUCAUGUGACUGUUGAAUGUAGUAAUGUUGGCUGAGUUUACAUUUUCAUUUGUUAUUUAGAAAAGCAGAGAAAGCAGAAUUGUUGGCAAACUUUUUUUUCCAUUUGCACAAGAAGGGAAACCUUUUAUUUUGCAGUCUUCUCUAAUGUAUCGCUUUUGACUUAUUUUCACUGAAACUUCUCAGAGCUGAUUCUGUUUUCUCUGCGUCUUCGGGAAAUGACACCAAAGCUCUCUGCAAUAUAGCGCAAUGCAUGAUGGGACUCGUCGUCGUUCUUCCAACGUCUUCUCGUGUUGUACUCGCAAUAUAUUUACACCACCAAAUAUUAAAAAGUUUUUAUUUAUUCUCAA